GCCAGUGUAUCUGAACCAAUGUGGGUGUGGUUGGGCAGCAUGACGCCCCCUAAAAUCAUGCCGCCCUAGGCCUGGGCCUUGGUGGCCUUUCCACAAAUGGCCUAUUUUAUUUUAAAACUCAGUCCUGACCUGGCUCACGUACACUAAUUUGAGGAGCAAUAAACUAAGCUGGAUUUCCCCUACCUGUUCCCAAGGUGCUGAUUCAUGAUGCACUACCCAAACCAGGAGCGUAGGUGGCAGUAGAAAGCCAGUCCCACAAGGUGUGUCAGUAGCUUUGAGCCUGCAUGACAUCAUCAAAUACCUGAGACGGACAGGAAAAGGGAGAGAGACAGCCAGGCCAGAAGUCAGUGGGAGGAGGAAGAUUGAGGGGGAGAACUGUGUUUUUGAUCCUCCCCACAGUUUGGACAUAUUGGCACUUUACACUUGGACAAAGAGGACUCGCAGAAAACUUGUAGAGCUGAAGUGAGCAGCAGGCAGAGGUCAUGGCUUUGCAACCACGGCGUGUUCGGCUAAAACCAUGGCUGGUAGCCCAGGUGGAUAGCGGAUUGUAUCCUGGAUUAAUUUGGUUGAACAGAGAGGCAAAAAGGUUCCAAAUCCCAUGGAAACACGCAACAAGGCAUAGCCCCCAGCAGGAGGAAGAAAAGACAAUAUUUAAGGCCUGGGCUGUUGAGACCAGUAAAUAUCAAGAAGGGGCUGAUGAACCAGACCCAGCCAAAUGGAAGGCCCAACUUCGCUGCGCAUUAAACAAGAGCAGAGAGUUUAAACUCAUGUAUGAUGGGACUAAAGAGGUUCCUAUGAACCCAGUUAAAAUCUACGAAGUCUGCGACAUCCCACAGUCCCAAGGAUCUAUCAUCAACCCAGGUUCUGCAGGAUCUGCAUUAUGGGAUGAUGAUGAAUUUGAAGAGAGUGAAUUAGAUCAGUCUCAGAAUCAUGUACCAAUCCAGGAGCCCUUUAACUGCCUGAAUAUCAGUGACUCACCCAUGGGAUCAUCUAGCACAGGCAGCUGCACCCCUGAGCAAACAUGGCCAAAGACUGAGCCUCAGGAGAUGGAAGUGCCCCCAACAGCAGGGCCUGCUGAUUUUUUCAGCUCUCCAGAGAUGUGGAUCAAUUCCCUACCAAUGACUGACUUAGAGAUCCAGUUCUAUUAUCGGGGGAAAGAGAUGGGUCAGGCGAUGACAGUCAGUAACCCUCAAGGCUGCCGGCUUUUCUAUGGUGAUCUGGGGCCAAUGCCCAAUCAGGAAGAGCUGUUUGGACCCAUCACUCUUGAACAGGUUCGCUUUCCUGGAACAGAGCAAAUUGUAAAUGAAAAACAAAAGCUCUUUACUAAGCGUCUCCUUGAUGUCCUGGACAGGGGUCUGAUAUUAGAGGUCAGUGGGCAUGCCAUUUAUGCAAUCAGACUGUGCCAGUGUAAAGUCUACUGGAGUGGACCCUGCUCACCAUCUCAAACUACCCCAAACCUUAUUGAAAGGCAAAAGAGAGUUAAACUUUUCUGUCUGGAGACUUUCCUAAGUGAACUUAUUUGUCAUCAAAAGGGGGUUCCUACAAAGCAGCCACCAUGUGAAAUCUUCUUAUGCUUCGGAGAGGAGUGGCCAGAUGACAAAACCAAAGAAAGAAAGCUCAUCAUCGUUCAGAUCAUACCAGUUGUAGCACGUAUGAUACUUGAGAUGUUUAGUGGGGAUAGCACCCGUUCCUUUGAUAGUGGAAGCAUUCGUCUGCAAAUCUCUGUCCCUGACAUCAAAGACAACAUUGUUGCUCACCUGAAACAACUCUAUCGCCUUCUUCAGAACCAUCAAGGCCCAGAUGCUUGGCCUAUUGUGCAGCACCAAAACUUGCAUCUGACUCAUACACUUCAAGCCCAGUGAAGACUGGUUCCUUUACAACAAAAUAUGUCUUUUUAAAACACCUGCUGGGGGAGAUUUUACUUUAUUAGAGUUUAGAACAGCCCACACCUUGGUAAUAUGGAAGCUUUAAUGCAUAAAUAUCUUAGGCCCUACACCCCUUGCACAUAUAUAUGACAUUCUUUUAUGUGUAUUCAUUUUAUUGUAGCUUUAAAAGCAGGGAAUAUUUAAAUAGGGCAUAUGGAAAGUGUUUUUUUCCAUGAGUGAAUUAUCAGGCAAGAAUGAGAUCCAUAUGUCCAUGCACACAUGGAACACAUUUCUGAAAUUACAGACACCAUCCUGUGUGUGCAGUGACAGGUAGAUUUUAUUCAUUUCUGCCACUACACAUACAGGAUAGCACUGAUGUUUUAUCUCUUGGUAUUUUUCCACCGGAGAAGAAAAUGCUUCAUUUGCCAUUAGCCUUACCAAUACAUGGCUUACUGCCUUGUGAGCUGGUAUUUCUAUGGCAAUGGGCAGAAACUGAGCUUUCGGCAUAUUUUACCACCAUUUAAAAUUGUUGCUACUUAUUUAUUAUUUUUAUUGCAUUCAAAUUCUAGUUUCUUUUCCAUUAACCAUUAACAGAUAACAUUAAUAAAAUAAUUUCAUAAUAUGUGUAUUCAGUAAUAUUAGUGUGAAGUCAUAGGAUUAAAAUGUGUCGGAUACAGUGGGAGUCAUUUAUAAACACAAAUUUGCCCCUGGGCAGUAACCAAUACCAAUCAGAUGAUUGCUUUCAGCGUUUGAACUGCAGCUGGCUGAGAAAAGCUAAUCACUGAUUGGUCGCUAUGGGUUACAGCCCGAGUGUGUCAACUAAAGGGGAAAGUUCACCCAAAUACUGACUUUUUAAAACCUUGUUUCUCAGCAAGCAUUCACCAGUAACUAAAUAGCCCCUUUCAAUUCCACACUGGAAUGCUUCAGAAUAGUAAAACAAAUAUCAUCUGAUGAAAAAGAAAUAGCUUCCCUGACAUCUAAAUCACUUCUACAAUUUUAAUUUGGUGGUUUGAAAAAAAAAUAUUUGCUGAAAGUUACCUCUGUGUAGAACAUGCUAAAGUUUAGGUGAACUUCCCUUACUCUUCUGUCUUUUAGAAACCAAAUUGUACUAUUUGGGGUGAAAUGCCAUGACAGCAAUCAUUUUUUAAAAUAUAUAAUGCAAAAUUAGGUUCUAUUGUUCUUUUGAUGCUAUUGUUCCACAUUAACCUAAGUAAUUUCAAAUUGUCUGCUUAGGAGGUCUGUGAAUUAGAACAAAUAAAUAAUUCAUUAGUACAAGCAAUUGUAUUGAUAAUCUGCUAAUAAAUACCCUUAUUUCCAAGAAAA